UCCUCAUCUUCGUCUUCACCGACUCCUCCGCUUCGCCUCCAUGUCGGCCGCGCGCAAGCCCCCGUCUCGCCUCAGCGACUAGCCCGGCCUCGUUCGUAAGCUAGCGGGAGAGGGAGAGUGGGAGCAGAUCUUUCGGUGGAGUGAGAUGGUGGUGGGGUCGGCGGCGGCGAAGCGGCUGGCGGGGCGGGUAAUGAAGAGGCCGCUGGAGAAGGCACGGAUGGUGGGGCUGGCGGCUGUGGUGGCCGCCGCCGCCGCGCUGGCGCUGCUCCUCUGCGCCGCGUCGCUCCGCUGCUCGGCGGCCGUCGGCCUCGCGCUGUCGGCGCCCAACAAGCUCUGGAGCGGCGGGGUCUCCAUCGCGGCCGAGGCGGCGGCGGCGGCGGAGGCGCGUAGGAAGACGCGCGCCGAGGAGGUGGAGGAGGAGUGCGACCUGUUCGACGGGGAAUGGGUGUGGGACGACAGCUACCCGCUCUACGACUCCAGGGACUGCCCCUUCCUGGACGUCGGCUUCCGGUGCUCGGAGAACGGCCGCCCGGACGCAUCCUACUCCAAGUGGCGGUGGAGGCCAUCGCGUUGCGAUCUCCCUAGAUUUGAUGCCAGAAAUAUGCUGGAGAAGUUGAGAGACAAAAGAGUAGUAUUUGUUGGUGAUUCUAUUGGACGGAACCAGUGGGAAUCUCUUCUUUGUAUGCUCUCGGUUGCUGUUCCUGACAAGAGCUCCAUCUUUGAAGUUAAUGGGAGUCCCAUCACUAAACACAUGGGUUUCUUAAUUUUCAAGUUUAGAGACUACAAUUGCACAGUUGAGUAUUACAGGUCUCCUUUUAUAGUCCUUCAAGGUCGUGCACCACCUGGAGCUCCUGGGGUUGUUAAAUAUACAAUUAGGGUAGAUGCCAUGGAUUGGAUGUCUGACCGGGGUCAGUGGAGGGAUGCUGAUGUAUUGAUCUUUAACACUGGACACUGGUGGAACUACGAGAAAACAAUCAGAAGUGGUGCCUAUUUUCAGGAAGGGGAUGCAGUUAAAAUGGACAUGGCUAUUGAAGAUGCCUACAAAAGAUCCAUACAGACGUUGUUUGGUUGGCUUCAGAAUGAAGUUAACUCAAGCAAAACCCGUAUCAUAUUCCGUACAUAUGCUCCUGUGCAUUUCAGAGGCGGUGACUGGAAGACUGGAGGAAAUUGUCACCUGGAAACUCGUCCAGAUGUGACACCAAUUAAAUCGUUGGACCAAUGGACUGACUUUCUUAACCCCGUAAAUGAUGUACUAGGAAACAGCAGGAGACCCAGAUUGCUCGGGCUGGAUAUAUUGAAUGUGACUCAGAUGACCGCACAGCGGAAAGAUGGCCACGUCGCAGUAUACCUGAGUCCUUCUGGCCCUGUCCCUCUCUACAGGCAAGACUGCAGCCACUGGUGCUUGCCUGGAGUCCCUGAUACCUGGAAUGAGCUUAUUUACAGCCUCUUGUUGAGGAAACGAACGAUGAUUGAUCAAAAUGUUCCUCUUGUUGGCACCAAAGCUCUGAAAGCUGGCUGACAAAAGCAAGGGGAAUAGCACCAACUUAACAGUUUGAAGAGGGAAGUAAACCCAGCAACUCAUCAUGACAGAGCAAAGUUUCAGUGAUGUUCUUGUGCGAUGCUGGCGUGCUGCUGCUGGUUCAUCCAGUUCCCAACUAGGUAGUAAUAGGUAUCCUAGUGAGUGAACACAAUUUUGGAACAUUUUAGAGUUGGUCGGCAGGAAGCUGCACCACUCUGGUGUGAUUUGUAAUGGCGAAGGGCAGUAGCUUAAUUAGCACGUAUUGCAAAGGUUAUAUGUUAUCUUGGUAUUCCUUACAGAGAGGUAACGAGUGUUAGCUGAGGUGAACAUAGCUUAGCUAGGAGCUACCUUGAUGAAAGAUGUAAAUAUAUAUUCUAUUUCUAUCAGAUUCGAAAUGAGUUCCUUUUAUAAUAUAGCACUCAAUUCGCACUGUUUCA